AUGUCUACUCCUAUUAAAAUACCCGAGGUAUCUACGAAGGUGAUGGAGACAACGAGAAAUGUAGACCAGCCUCAAGCAUUGCCUACAACACCCGUUAUAGCCAGUAGCAACCAGCGAGUGACGUUGGCUGACCUCAUGGAGUCUAUGCGUCUAAAUGAAACGAUCGAAGAGGAGCCUCUUGUUACGUUCGUUGACACACCCACCCGUAUGAAGGAGUUAUUAGAUGCUCUGGUCAAUCUACCAGUUGACCCUCCAUCUCUGUAUAUCGAUAUUGAAGGUGUUAAUCUCUCUCGACAUGGGACAAUAUCGAUUAUGCAGAUAUUUGUCCUCCCAGAAAGACGAGUUUUUUUGGUUGAUAUCCACACAUUGAAGUAUGAAGCCUUCUCUCAGCAAGGACCAUCUGGAAUAACCCUCGGGUCUGUCCUUGAAUCACCUUCCAUUCCAAAGGUCUUCUAUGAUGUCCGCAAUGACUCCGACGCCCUUUUCGCCCACUACCAAAUCGCACUGGAUGGGAUACAGGACCUCCAGCUAAUGGAGCUUGCAACACGCAAGUACUCCAGAAAAUAUGUCUCUGGAUUAGGGAAAUGCAUAGAACGUGAUGCUCCGAUGACCAGUCGAGAAAGGCUCAAUUGGAAGCUUAUAAAAGACACUGGACGGAAUCUGUUCGCGCCUGAACUCGGUGGUUCCUAUGAAGUAUUCAACACUCGCCCACUUCCAGAUAGAAUGGUACAAUAUUGCGCGCAAGAUGUCCGCUUCUUGCCUAAGUUGUGGGGGAGAUAUCAUCAGGCGAUGACUCCGGCAUGGGCAGCGAAGGUGGAGCGAGAAGUGAGAAAUCGUAUCGAGCUUUCCCAAUCAGCAACAUUCAACAGCAAAGGAAGACAUAUGGCUUUGGGGCCAAAGCACUGGUUAUAG